AUGGCACCACCGCAGCAAUGGCCAGACCCUGAUACAGUUCUCUACUUGACGGCAAAUGAGCUGUGCUGUGACGUGGCACCACCUGAAGAUGCGGACAUGGACAUGCCUCAGGUGACGACGCCGCCGCCGACGAUUCCUCUGUCUAUCCAGCUCAUCACGGUUCCCACACACCCAGUCGUGAACAGUUACGGUCUGUUUGCCGCUGGAGUCAUCCCCCCAAACACUCUCGUGUGCAAUUACAUUGGACGGGUCCAUCUACAAACGACAUAUCCUGACUCGGACUACGCCGUGACGUACUUCGGAUCGUAUGCUAUCGACGCCACCUUGGCUGGAAAUGAAGCCAGGUUUAUCAAUGACUACCGCAACAUUGGCAGUCGCCCCAACGUUGCAUUCGACACGUAUAAAGAUUGCUAUGGUGGCAUCCAAGUCGGCGUGUGGACCUUGAACAUGCCAAUUGCAAGGGGAGAAGAAAUUUUGGGCAAUUACGGCCGCGCCUUUUGGCGGGCCAGGGGAAUGCGAGGGGUACUCGGGCCCGACUGGGACGAUGCGUGGGAUUGACAGAACCAACUAACGUUACUAAGUUAGUCAACUUGGAUGUUAUAUUUGAG